AUGACUAGUGCGGAAAAUAACAUUCUGCCUCCGCGGGAAGCUUUGAAAGAAACCAAACUUGAAACCGCAAGUGGCGAAACGAACGAACACGAUGGCGAACGCGAUGCCAGUGCUGAUACGGGGAGUGACCAAGAGAAGGCGAGCUCCAGAGCAUUUAUUCCGAACGAGGGCAAAGGAAAGGGACAGCUCUCCAUCAUUGAUUCUCAUUCUGCUUUGGAAAAUGUUCAGAACGCAGAAGAAGAGCAGUGUGGUCUUCCUGAAUUUACCAAUCCACAAGGGCUCCGGGCCUAUCUCGUAGAAGAUCCCCAACACUACGAAUAUUUGUUUCGAAAGCAGAAGUGCGCCCGAGAUGCACUCGAACAGACUCACGAUGUCAAUACUAGGCUCCGGGGGCAAGAAGCAGCCGAUCAAUCUGCACCUUCCUCCCUCCGGACGGAGCUUGAAAUAUUGCGGAAUAGGCUAAAGGUGAUCGAAAUGGAGCAAGAUCAAGGGCAAUCAGCCACCGAAGCUUCUGGGUGCGGACACAAAGAGCUUCGUAUAACCCAAUCAGCUACUACUACUCCCUCUGAUACUACAAUUGAUCACACACAGAUGACCAGCCCAUUGUUAGAGCCGCCCGUUCAGAAUCGCCGAGCCUACAAAAUACCCGACCCCUCGAUGCUUACUGGUGGCAAUCCUUUCAAGUUUGAUGGUUGGCGUAUCGCAAUAGAGCGGAAGCUGAAGGCUAAUGCGCACCAAUUCCCCUCUGCUACCUUCCGUAAAGCUUACAUUAUCAGUCAGCUGAAGAGAAAAGCAUACGAACAACUUAUCCCACGCCUCCUUCCGGGAAGCAAGAACAGUUUCGAGGACGGCGUUGACAUCCUGGACCAUCUUGAGAGUAUCUAUGUUGACCCGAAUCGUCGCUGGAAUGCUAGAGAUAGCUUCAACAGGCCUUACAUGGGCGAUCAUGAGAAGUUUGCCACCUUCCUAGCAACCUUUUUUCGACUCGCCGAUGAGGCUGACAUAUCAUGCGUGGACCGAGUGGACCUUCUGUGGCAGAAGGUCAAUGUUGAGCUUCAGUACGAACUCAUUCUCAUGGUUGAUCUACCAGGUGUUACGUUCAGCCGGUUUGUAAAAUUUGCUCACCGUAUGGCCAGGUUCAUGGAUAUUAUGGCGGUUGGCCGGGAUGAGUGA